AUGCACCUGUUCGUUUCUACAGAUAAAGCUGCAGCUAAAAGCACAGAAUUAGGCCAGGUACCUUUGUGUGAUGAGUUGGCAAGUUUAGUGACAACAUCACAAUGGCUCUUACUAACAGAAGUGGCUCAAAUGAUGAUCAUAGGUUCCAGGUUGGUUCAUAUGGGGAGAGUCCGUUCUUCAGGUGUUGCAGUCUUGAGCUGCUUAAGGGUUUAUAGAUCAAAUAACAACACUUUGAAUUGGGACCAGAAACUAACUGGCAGCCAGUGCAGUUGGGCCAAGAUUGGUGUAAUAUGCUCAAGCCAUCUUGCCCCAUUACCUGACCUCUGAAUUCUGCACCAGCUGAAGUUUCCAAACCGUCUUCAGAGGUAUUCCCACGUAUGGCAUGUUGCAAUAAUCUAACUUAGAGGUUACCAGAGCAUAGACAACAGAAGUUAGCUUAUCUCUUUCCAGAUAGCGGUGCAGCUGGGCCACCAGCCCAAGCUGAUGGAAUGUACUCCACACCACAGAUGCUGUCUGAGCCUUGUGACAGCAAUAGAUGCAGAAGUGCCCCUAAGCUGUGCACCUGCGACUGCCCUAAUCCACUGAAAACUAGCUUCCUUUUGAAACUAUAUGACAGUGUUUACAGCACUUUAACAUUAGCAAACGUGUCCUUGCCCAAGCCUUGCAUUCUCCUUUUAGACAAGGGGCAAAAGGGAGAUGAAAGCGUAAUGAUGUGUGUGAGCAAGAGAAGUUACAUAUUUAUACUUUUUUUUCCAGCUGAGCAUGAGAACAGAGGACUGGCUUGAUCAACUGUGUUUGUGCACCUGGGAAUUCGGGGUGGAGGAAAAGUAAGAAUAGGCAAUCUUAGAUGCUCAGUUCUGUAUCAGAAAAUUAUGAGAAUAUCUUCAAAACAUGAAAAGGUGCUUAAGUUUAUUUUUCUCUUUUGUAUUGAAAGAUGUUCGUACGGAAUAUAACAUUAUUUUCAACUCCUUUUUUCCCCUGUCACAUCCCAGUGUUGACUUUGGGGAGUUGCUAGGUGCCUUGAACAUUUUGUUUCCUCUUCCAAGACUAAAGCCUGAAUUUUUAUCUUUAUUCAGCUCCGUUUAAUGACGAGUCUUUUGGAUUUGAGGAUUUCUGAAAGCUUGAUUUUGUUUCAGUCAGGAUAAAGUGAAUGACUUGACUCAGGUUUUUUGGGAAACUUCUGUGUGACUCACGCUGUAUGUAGUUGACUUGAGAAUUAAUUCCGGGCAAACGGUGCGGGAAGAGAAAAGCUAGCUCCCUUUUGUUUUCAUUCGUCGGCGGAGUUUGGAGACAGGAACCAAACUUGGUGAAAUUUAUGCGCCUCUAGGCACAAAUCGGGGAGGAUUCCGCCCGUCAUCCUGAAACCCUUUCCUUAAAUUCUGUUUAUUUUAAUUGCGGAUCCUCAGAUUGGAACAUUUACUUCCCUGGGUUAAAUACGGAGCUUCUCCCGCCAGCUCCUGGGAGAUCACUCGCUUCCAACUCUCGGAGAACAAAGUCAGGCGGGCUGGCAAGUUCAGGAGCAAAUAUUUCCCAGUUCCAAGGCAAAGGGGAGAGGAGGGGCGAGGGAGCGAGCAGGAGCUGGCUCGGAGCUCCGCUAGCAAGGCCUGUGGGAGCGCAGAGACGGAGGCCUGGCUUGGCUGGGCAGAGCGCUACAGCGGCUCGCAGGCUGCUCCAUCCACCAGCUCGGCUCUCUGCUGAGCCUGCCUAGGCUGACAAUGAAUGGCUGCUGCUAGUGCUGCUUGGAGGGCUAGGGGAGCAGAGCCCCUCCAUUGAGCGACAUCUCCUCUCCCCCCCCUUCUCUUUGCGCAGGUGAGAGCCACGUCGCCCCCCUCCCUUCCAGGAGACCUCACCACUCCAGGGUCGCCCCCCGCCCCACUCUUUUAAGUCGGGGCACCCACCCGCCACCCUCCUUCCAAUGCAUGCACCCCUCCCCCCAUUAUCCCGGGUGUUUAAACUUUCCUCGCCCUCGCCAAGCAGCCUUCUAACCUGCCGGGCUCGCCCAAGGGGGGCGGCGGGGUGGGGGGAAAGGGGAUCCUUAAAAUAGCAGCUGUUGCCUGCGCCGAUUCCCCCCCCCCGGGUGGGAGAGGCCCCCCUUAGCAGCCCUCCCCGUCUCUCUCUUUCCCCCACCCUCCCUCCGUCCCCCUUCCUCCGUUGCACCCCAAACCAGACCCCAGAGGAGGACCUCUGCGCCUGCCUUCGGGUGUGGAGGGGGAGAGGAGCUGCGCCCCUGGGCUCCCCUGCUAGGCCUCCCUGCAGUCGGCGACCCCUUAGCAAAGUGUGUGUGUUGGGGGGGGGAUGUCCCCCUUACCCCCCACCCGCCUUCCUCCUCCUCCUCCUCCCCGGACCUCACAAGCAACGUGGUGGCGCUCGCUGCCUCUCCCCGGCCUGCGCCUUCUCCUCCGCACAGGCUGGCUGGCCGGGAGGGCGCGGGCUUCCCCUCUCCGCAGGCCUGUCCGAAAUCCCCCGACGUUCCCUGCGGGGGCUUUGUCCUGCUCCUCCUCGCCUCGCUCCCCCCCGGGCCCGGCCGCCUAGAGGAAGGGCGCCGCGGCGGGGCCACCCUCGAGGGAGAAGUUUCGAGUGGGAGCCCCUUGGCGUUGCCAGGCGAAGAAGGCCUGGCCGGGCGGUUGGCUUGGAAACCCGGAAUUCGGUGGCUUUCGGAGGAUGCUUUUGGGCCACGGUGGGGGAAGGGGCGCGGAAAGAAAGCGGCAGGGGAGAGGAGAGGAGGAGGGGCGCUUCCCUUCCUCCUCCUCCUCUUCCAGCGGGGGGAGGAGGUGGGGAGGGGGCAAAAUGUUCCUUUUCCUGCAAUGGGACCUUUCAGAGUUUAAAAAUGCGGGGGGGGGGGAGUUCAGGGAAAAAGUUCGAGAAACGAAACUUCAGAAACUUUUACUUGUGGGGCAGCAGAAGUUAAGAUCGAUACUGGUUCGAAGAGACCAGGCUAGGAAUGGGGGGAUUAUUAACUGUUUUGGCGUGCACGUUUACUCGGAAAUUGCAGUAUUACUCUCUCGCUGAGAUUAAUGGGAGUUUACUCCCAAACAUAGACUUGGUUUACAACUUCCUGGGGUGGCGGGUGGGGAAUUAAAGUUUUCAGUGGUUGUUUUGGAAGGGGUGGGAUUAUCUGUAUUUUACUUAGGUUAACUCCUUAUGCACGUGGUAAGGGAAGGAGAAGGUCACAAUGUGGCUCUGUCUUGAGGAUAGUUUUUGUUCUCUUGAAGAUACUUGUGGAGGUGGUGCAGUGUGUUCCUGAUAAAUGAACAUUGUAAACAAGUUGCCACUGAAUAGCUCACCAUAUGUUAUUUGUUUUCUUAAGUCUUUGCUUUUCUCUCUCUCUCUCUCGCUGGAUUCCAAUUUGGCCUUUCUAAGUGCCAAGUUUAUUAUACCAGAGGACACAAUUGUUGUCUUGUCAACUUGUGACUUCACAACAGAAAAGAGUUGUUGUGUUAUUUUUCAUAAGCAGGUGAGCUAUUCAAAAAUAGUGCAUGACGACUUUGCAGCAAAAUUGGCUCUGAAAAGAGGAAGAGCACAGGGAUAUGGCAUUGUAUACAUUGUUAACUGAGCUCCUCAGAAGGGCCUCUAAAAGUUAGAUCCUGCUGUAAAUUGCAGUAACUUCUCAUAUAGAUUAAGGCUUCAAUAAGAAUAUUCUGUCACAACUGAGGUCUGACUAAUGGGAGGGAGAUGGUGCACAGACAAUGGAACUCUCCUCCAAAGAUUACCUUACUGGUACUUGAAGCUGUGUAUUAUAGUUAGCAGUGUUGUUUAGUGUUGUUUAGAGCAAGCCACAGUCCAAACCAAGUUCUGCUUCUAAUAAGUUCUGCACAAACAGAUAACAGACUCUUGUAGAACAGCUGCAUGUCUGUCUAUUCAGAAGUAAAUCUUGCCAAGUUACAUCGGGCUUCAAAGUAAAUGUUCACAGGAUUGCUGCUUUGGAUCUAUUUUAUUUUUUCCUAUAUACAUAAAUUAAAAUAAAGAUGAGCAUCACAAACAAUAAGCAAAAAAUUGGAGUACAGAAGUGGUCAUUUUACAAAAUUAUUAUGACUUACACAAUCAUUUAAACAGGUGUUGGUUGAGCUCCAGCAGACUCACUAGCCCUCCUGAUGAAUCAGUAGGGAGAUCAUAUUUUUCAAAAAACCCGUUCACAUUAUGUAUGGCAGACAGGUGUCAGUGAGAUGGUCUUGGUGAGUCUGACCCCUGCCGAGUUGCAGUGUUGGGUCAAUUUCUCAGAGAAAACUGUCUGCUGUGCCUUUGAUAUAUACCCCUUAAUUGUAAAUCUGAUUUGAGAGGCCAAGUGCUGUGCAACUUCCAUUUAUGCCACUAUCAGCAGAAAGAUUUUAAGAUCCAUGUGUAGCACUGAGCUCUUCUGUUCUAAGGGGUUGGACAGGAGGGCUAAUGCUGAAUCUGGGAUGAUCAGAUGGCACAAAAUAUCAGCUAUUAUUCCAAAUAUAUUCUUGUCAAAAGAUUUACUCCCUGGGGCAUGACAGUCAUAGGUGAAUUAAGGAACCAUCCUUCUUGCACUCUCUUCAGCAAUGAGGAAAGGUGACACUGAGGAGAGAUGGCACUGUUAACUCAGUGAGGGCUGACAGUAUAGUUCUACUUGCAGAUUUGAGCUUAUCUUCUCUGAGCUUGGCAGAAACCCUGUGAAGUCAUGCCAUCACUAUACUAAUGACUUGUAGCUCUACUUCUCCAUAACAUCUCUGUCAGUAGAAGCUGUGCAUGGUAUCGUUCUGGAGCAGCUGUCCAAGUUAGGGGAGGUAAGCACCGCUUUGCAGUGGUUCCAAUCCUACUUGGAUAGUAAUUUCCAGAGGGUGAUACUUGGGGAGUGCUUUUUGGCCCUGUGGAGCCUUCAGUGUGGGGUUCCUCAGAGUUUGAUUUUAUCCCCCAUGCUGUUCAACAUCUACAUGAAACCACUGAGUGGGGUCAUCCAGAGUUUUGGAGUACAUUGUGAGCAAUAUGCUGAUGACACAUCUGCAGGUGUGGCAGUGGAGGUGUUGGACCGUUGUCUUGCCUUGCUAAUAGACUGGAUGAGAGCCAAUAACUGAAGCUCAAUCCAGAUAAGACAGAGGCACUGUUAGUGGGUGGUUCCCUAGGCCAGAUGGAUGGGAGGUUGCCUGAUCUUGAUGGUGUUACUCCCUUUGAAGUGGGUAUGCAGCUUAGAGGUACUUCUGGAUCUGUUGCUGUUGCUUGAGGCCAGGUAGCUUCUGUGGCACAGAAUGCCUUCCAGCAGCUUUGGCUGGUGGCCAGUUGCACCCCUCUCAGGACAAGAAUAGCCUAACUUGUGUUGUUUAUGCUCUGAUGACCUCUAGGUUAGAUUACUGCAGCAUUUUAUAUGUGGGGAUGCCUCUGAAGAUGGUUCAGAAACUUCAGCUGGUGCAGAAUUCAGCAGCUAGGUUGCUCACUGGGGCAAAAUGACUUGAGCACUUGCUGCCAAUUAGUUUCUGGGCCCAAUUCAAAAGUGCUGGUUUUGAUCUAUAUACCCUUAAACGGCUCAGGACCCCAGCACCUCAAGAACUGACUCUCCCCAUAUGAAUCGACCCAGACCCUGCAAGCAUCACCUGAGGCUCUUCUUCAUAUGCAUCCUCUGCAAGCCCAGAGGGUGGCAACACGAGAACAGCCCUUUUGUGAGAUGACCUCCCGCUUUGUGGAAUGCUCUCCCCAGGGAGGCUCACUUGGCACCUUCAUUACAUAUCUUUAGGGGCCAGGUGAAAAAAUUCCUCUUCUCUCAGUUCUUUGGUUAAUUAUGGCUUUUAAACUGUGGGAAGGGGUUAUUUUUUGUUUGUUAUUAUGUUAUGUAUUUUUGUGUUUUUAUACUGUAUACCUCCCUGUGAUCCUCAGAUGAAGGGUAAUAUAGAAUCUGGAGCUUUCUGUGGGUACAGUGGUGGAGUGGAUGAGGGCCAAAAGGCUGAGCUGGAAUUCUAGAAGACAGAGGCACUUUGAGUUGGUGGUUGUUGUGUCCAGAUGAUUGGCCAUUUAUCUGUUCUGCAUGGGGCUGCAGGGAGUCAAACUGUUGCCUUGCUCUCCCUGGCCUCACCUCCCUGCAUGCUUUGGCUUUUAACUCUUGUUCAUCUGUGACAGAAAGUGUUAUGGUUCAAGCAGGUGAAGAUUGAGUAACUGGUUCAGCAGACCUGAACCAACUGGUUCAGUUCCAGUUCAUGUAUGAAAACUUACUUGUCAUUUACAUACGUGGAGAUAUUCAGCAGUGCAGUAUUGGAUCCUGUUCUUAACUCUGUAUGGUUACACAUACUGGAUAGAAAAACUGUGCAGGAUGUUGGAACCUAGUGGGGCGGAUACACAGGCAAAACACUUGGUGAUCUGGAUUAUUUAUCCUAAGAGUUGUAACAGGAGUGAAUCAAUUCCUUUUAAGAAUUAUGUUCUCAUGAUGGUUUCCACCCAUCCAGCCCCAUGUUUCUGGAUUCCCUCUUUAUUGUCUCAUGGAGAAUAAGGACACUGGGAGGCUGCUGGACUAUGUACUUGCUGUCUGGGUCCCUGUAAGCCUAAUUAUCACAGAAGUAGCCUGUUUGUCAGGGAUCUUACUGUUUAAUCAACAACUAUUUGCAUCCUGACCCAUAGGUCAAAGGUUAGAAAGAUCGGGUUUCGACCACUUUAAUAGGGACACAGACUGCUGCAGUGCUGAACCAAGGGGAAGCAUUUUGCAGGGCACAUACAUUUCUUCCUCUCCCUGCCUAUUUCCUCCACUGAGCUGUAAAGCUUCAGUCUCUGUCCUGCCUCCUGCUUUCCAGACAGAGGGCAGAGUAUGGAGGACAGAUUCAAAAUGUAUAAAAACUCUCCCAGCUAUUGGUUCCAUAUAUACAUGGUAAAUUCUGGUUGUGGCAACUGCAUGUAUCAUUGCAGUGUUGUUGGUGGUUGUUUUUUUUAAGUUAGAACCUUAUUACUGUACUGUAAUGAGUCUCGAGGGGCUUGUGUGUUCUGUUCACGUUCAUUGAAAAUUUUCUGAUAGUCAAAGCAAUAAAUAGUUGGAUUGGUGUUGAAUUUAAAUCCCUAGUUCUAUGAAAUUGCAGUGCUCCAGAUUAGCGGGCUCCGGCAUCCAUUGUGAUCUUUGGGGAUGUGACGUUCUAUUGUAAGGAGGCAUAUCUGAUGGCAACCUAUCUGAGCCUGGGGUAUUGUCCUAUUCAGUGGCUGUAGGGCCAAGUGCUGGCAGAGAGAGCUUAAUGUGUUAAUAUGGUUAUAUAAUGAUGCAUGUUACCAAAAUAAAUUGCAGAUGCAUUUGUACGUUGAAUAUGAUUUUCAGUUUUGGCCGUUUCAUCUUAAAAUUGUGGAACUGGAAAAGACGCAGGGGUGGGCAGAGUAUAGAAGGCCUUUCACAUGAGAAGAAAGUAAACCUACUGAGAGCCAUUGGAACAGAUAACCAACACCUAGGUGAGAAUAUGAGUCAUUUCUGCAAAUCACAGCUAGAUUGGAAAAUCUGUUUUAUUCUUUCACUUAUAAUAACUGAUGGAUUCACUUAUUAAAUUAACACAACUGCCCUACCCCCACGGUACAGUUGCCCUGUGAUACUGCUUUGCUACAGACACAGGACAAAGAGCCAACAUAUAAGUAAGUUCAAAAGAGGACAAGAGCAAUUUAUGAGUGAUAGAAAUAUACCGGUAGGCAGAUGCCAUCUAAGAUGAUCGGGGUAGUGUGUCAUUUUGCUGAAAGAGUCCGUAGUCCUGAAAUUGCUGAAGGCUGAAAAGAAUACAAGAGCAGGUUCCUUAUUAAUAAGCUGAGCAGUUAAUGUUCCCUGUAGCAGAUUUUGGGCACACCCAAGAUGGUCAUGUGUACAUUUGCCCUAGCCUAGACACUUAGAAGAAUUCUGCUGUAGCAUAUGAAUAUUAUGGUUAUGCAAGAGUAGGAGAGUUUUUUUAAUGUAAGAAAAUAGUUUGAGGUAAAACAUGGAUCAUGGAAGUUGGCUGUGUUCCCUGAUGAACAAACAAAAAGAGAGAGAGGAGGAAUAUUGGAAUUUGACAGGGAAGAAAAACUAGAUUAUUUACUUUAGGAGAUGUUUGUGACUUCCCUGUGAUGGAAUAUACACAUCUCAUACAGACUUCUUAGGCAAGAAGGAAUUUCAAAGAGGCUGGCAGAGUUUUCCCUCCCUGUGUGGCCAACAAGGAAACUCAUUGGGUGAUGAAUGAGAGAAGGAUCUUGUAGACUUUUUUUUUUUAAAUAAAAAAUAAACCUGGACUGCUGAGAGGUUAGUAGCCUGAGUUUUGAUGUUGGUCGUAGAGGAGGACUCUUUUCCUCCAUGGCCAGCAUGGAUAUGUAGGAUAAUACAGUGGUGCCUCGCAAGACGAAAAGAAUCCGUUCUGGGAGUCUCUUCGUCUAGCGGUUUUUUCGUCUUGCGAAGCAAGCCCAUUGAUGGGAUUAGCGGAUUAGCGCUAUUAGCGGCUUUUAGCGGCUUUUAGCGGCUUUUAGCGGCUUUUAGCAGCUUAUCAGCUUAUCUGAUAAGCAGAUAAGCGGCUUAGCGACUUAGAAAAAGAGGGGGGAAAGGAAAAAAAACACCCAGGAACUCGCAAGACAUUUUCGUCUUGCGAAGCAAGCCCAUAGCAGAUUCGUUUUGCGAGGCACCUCCAAAACGGAAAACUCUUUCGUCUAGCGAGUUUUCCGUCUUGCGAGGCAUUCGUCUUGCGGGGCACCACUGUAAAUGAUAAUAAUUGUGCAAUAGUAACUUUUUUAAAACUUACUUGUAUAUCCUGCCAUCCUCCCAAGCAUUUAAACCUGGCAAUACCCAGCCACCAUAGUUUGUCCUUGGUGGAUGAGUCUGUCCGGAAGAAGGAUGAUCUUAAGACUACAAUGAGGAUGCAGGUGUGUUUGGAGUCUUGGAUGAAGAACAUUAAUAGAGUGAAGCCUCUGAGUGGCCCUAUAAUGUCUCAGUAUGAGCUCAUGGGCACAGGUCAGGUUGUCUACGUAUAAACAAAUAAGGCAAGAGGCAGUUCAGUCACCAGGUCUGCUGCUGGUUGGUUAUUUUUCCAGGUUCUUUGCUUCUACUACUUUGGUUCCUGUAUUGAUUCAAGUGUAAAAGGAAGCCACAAAGUCCUACGCAUUAAUUUGGUUCCUGUUGGCUUUGCCAGAAAGAAAGGAAGAAAGGUAGAAGAGUGUUGUGUCGGUGAAACAGUGAGGCAUUUGUUUUAUACUCACAAAGGUUGUGUAGUCAAGGGAGAUCUUAUGUUGUUGCUGUGACAGACUUGGGUUUUAUAUACACAGAAAGAAACUUGGGACAGAAAGAAGCUAGGAAAUAUUAAGGGCUGUUGAAUUAUCUUUUGCCAACCAUGGCUGGAGUUAGCAUCAUUUGGGGGCAGGGGGUGAAGUCUGGUGCUCUCAUAUUACAAAAUUUAGCAUCUACUUGCCUUAUCCUCUUAAAUAACUUACAGCAUCUCUGUGUGUGUUCUGUCAGUAACAAGGAAAUUAACAAUCUUAAUUAGUAACUUCUAAGCCUGGGAGACAGAAGCAAAAAUACUCUUCUUCUUCAGCUGUGCUAUGGUCACUGUCACUAAAGUACACAAAGUACACAGAACACAAAAAGUUCUGUGAUUUACGCUGCCUGCAUAACGAAGAGACCAGCCCAAGUGCCAGCAGGCUUGCAAUCCCUCAGAUACAUGGCAGUAACUUUCUGAGGUUCCUAAAUUGCUCAAUGUUCUUAGAGCGCUUCUUUAACAGAAGCAUUGGGUUUCAUGAGAAAAUGCCUUUCCUUGUUAAUCUGCAUGGCCCAAUCCUUUUAGUGCUUACUUAGAAAUAGUACCACUGAGUUCACUACUCCUUUAAAAAAAAAUUUAUUCAUGCAUUUUCUAAUUUAUGAGUUCACUACUCCUAAGUUAAGAGUUCAGUUAGAGCACAUGAUUAUCUAGUCCAGUUUCUUGCCUCCAACAGAGAUCACAAAGCUCAAAGCAGGGCAUCAUGGAGAGAGCCUUCCUCUGAAGUUUGUCCCCUAGCACCUGGUAAACUAGAGAGAUACCGGCUCUGAAUAUGGAGGCUCUGUGUUCACUCUUUACAGCUACUUCAUUUAAGGCAAGUCAUUUCUGGAAAUAACUUGCCAGACUUGCUACUCAAGCCACCCAAGGACACAGGCUGAUCAGACCUCUUGUAGGCUGUAAGCAGUUGGUACCUAUCUGCAAGGCUGAACAUCUGGUUAUAAUCUUUGCUAUGGGCCUAACCCUUGGGUACAUUUCACAACACACAACUCCAAAGGAGUAAGGAAUUUGGUAUCAACAGAAGCUAUCCUGCUUUAUUGAGCAGAAACUCUUAAUUGAUGGAAGCUUUGGUCAUUUGAUUCCAUGAUAUUAUUGGGGGUUAAUGAGGAAUUGUGGGAAGCUGCUGUGUUAUGAGUCCCACGGUACUCCCACACCUUGCCUCCCAUUCCCAAUCCCAGCAGAAGCAUGUUAAAGGGUUUCCUGCCCUUGAGUUGUUAACAUGUGUGAUAAGCCUAUGUGAAACUGCUCUCUGACUUACUUUUACUUUGGUUUGCUAGCAUCCAGGCCCAGGACUUGAAGUUAAGGCUGUCAGUUGAGCUAUAUUUUAAUUGGCCUUUUGCUCACUAAAUUACUCCAAAAAGAAAGAGAGAGGGAGAGAGAGAGAUGGUCUCUGCUUGCAAGGCAACUUUGAGAUCUCCUGGGGGCAAAAGUGAACUUGCUUUUGUGAGAGCCAGGCAGUGAAACUGAUGGGGGAAAUCGUAUUUUUUCUGAUAAGUGUAUCCAUAGAAAUGAGAGAAGUGAAAUGUGUUAGCUCAUAAAAAUACUAGGUGAAUGUGAAUAGUUCCACAAACCACGGCUGCGUAACUGAAGCCUCAUUAAUGUGCUUGCUAACACUGGAUUACUCUGAGAGCAGAGUCAUGUUCCCAUAGGGACUUCCUUGGUGGAUAAGUGCUUUGCUGCCAUAGCACAGAGCAGAAUAACAUACUGAGAAGCUGUGAUACAAGACACACUCAGCCUUCUCUUCAAUCAUUUCAGACUGAUAUGCCACUGAUUUUUGCCCCAAACUAUUUGCUUUCUAGAUAGGAAAUAUCACUGAGAUUUAGCCUUCAUUUCUCUAUUUCAGUGACUGGCUGAAGGUUAACAAUGUGGGACUCUCAACAUGGGAGUCACAGGGCCGUUACUAAGCAAGGUGAGAACCAGUGCAGUGCCUAGUGCGUUGGGAUUAGACUGGGCAGACGUGGAUUCAAAUCCCCGCUUUGCCACAAAAGUCACUGGGUGACUUUGGGCCAAUCACUAUUUCUCAGCCUAAUCUAUUUUGCAGGAUAGGGGUUCGAAAUUAGCAGGGCAUCAGGUGCAUUUUGUGCCUAAAGAUUCUCCAUUUGCGAGCACCUCAAAAAGUCUGGGUGUCAUUUUUUGCACCUGGCUGACACUCAGGGAUUACUGAAAUGUAUGUGCUUUGAAGCCUCAAAGUAUAUGUUAAGGACAGUCAAUAUGUUAAGGUGUUUAACAAUAAAGCGUAGAGUGUUAUGAAAACUGAACCAUGGUACCAAUAUUUUUAUUGUAAACAAAUUAAACAUGUAUUAACAAUUUCCGCUAAGAAUGUGAUAUUAACUAUGUGUAACCUAUGUGAAUUGCGCAUUAGUUUAUGACUAUCAAAAUAAUAAAAAUAAAAAGUGUUGCUGACCCACCCCCCACCCAUGGUGACUAGGCAUUCUGUUUCGGCGCCCACAACCCAGGUCCCAUAAGCCAUUUGGCUCCUAGAUUUUCUAUCACAGUUUCUAAUACUGAACUUGUGAGAAUAAAAGUAGGGGUGGGGGUGACCAUGUAUGCCAACCCAAGCUCCUUGGAGGAAGGGAGAGGGGAAGGAAGGAGGCAGUUGCUCUGUGCAAAUUCAGAAAGAUCAAUGUCUCACCUUUUAAAAUCCUUUUAAUGUCUCACCUUUUAAAACCCUUUAGAAACCUCACUCCCAAAAUGAAGGUCUUCCAUAGGCAAUUUAUUGGAAAGGACAUGGAAAGCCAGAGUUCCCCAUUCUUGAACUCUAAGCUGUUUUAACUUUAACAUUGCCUUCUCCCACAUAUUUCCAAUGAAAUUACUCCAGUUAACGGGAUAGACUUUUGCCUAACCACACACAGAUUUUAAUCCUACAUUCCUGCAGACUGUCUUGAUAUCUGAGCACUGCUAGGCAUGAGGGAUCCUUGGUCACACUGGAAGAAGAAUCAUAGGGGUUUUCCCCUGGCAGCCCCUGGGUCUUUUAUUCCAUAGUUCACUCUUGCUUUAGUAUAUAAAUCCUCUCUGGUCCACUGGCUCUGUUGCACCUUCCCUUCUGAAGAAUGGGGAGGUAUCAGAUGUCUAAACCAGGUGGCUAGCACGAAGGUACAAAAGAGCAGAGGCUUCCUGAGUGACAUUAGAAUAAUGAGAGAGAGAGAGAGAGAGAUUUCUUAUACUGAAUGAGUCUAUUCUAGGAUGAGUUGUGAGUUAGUCCUGCUUAACAGCUGCUAGUUGAGCCCUAGCAAAUGAUAAGCUGAUUAACUUUGACCCCUCAGUUGAAGAAACACACACAUACACAAUUCUCCAGUACUAUAGAUGGCAACCAUUUGUCAGAGAGUGGGCCUAGUAGUUAAUGAUCAGUGAGCACCUGAAGCUCUGCAAGAAGGAUGGCUAACCCAUGGCCCGAAUCUGGUCCAGCAACUCACAAGAAAUGGCCCCUCUAGCCCUGGAAACUUUUAUCUCCCAAUCAGAUCAGGAGAUCUUUGUUCUGUAGAGAGGAAUCUCUAAAGAGCUGAUACAGCAUUUUUCUCCUGAUUGAGAGAUUUUUAAAAUCCCUCUGCCUGCCCUUUAGAAAAGACAUCUGAAAAUCAGUCAGCGGGAUCUUUUAUCUCCUAUUUCAGAGCUAAGCACCACAGUGUUGAGACUGGAGAUAAGCCCUCCAAAUGAAGCUGUAGAGUCUACCUCUAUUGUAGCUAACCUUUUAAAUUCAAGGAUAGGAAUUCACUGGGACCUCCUGUAUGGAAAAGCUGUGGUAAGAAACUGUCUGUAGGCCUCUGUUUUGGGAUACCAGUUAAAAAGCAAGAGUCAUGACAUGGGAGUUCAGUAAGUGGAUAAUUUAGAGCCUUAAAGGUUUUAUUUUUUCCUAAUCUGGUCAGAUAGCUUUGGAAGAGGGAGAGUUUGAUGAGGAAAAUAGCACAUUUAAGGAAUGGUUAACCCUAGUUCCAGGUUUUUUUUGGGGGGGGGAGCUGCUAUUUUAAAAAUAAAAUAUGUAUUUCAUUUAGUAAAUUCAUAUCUCCAUACAGGUAAUACAAAACCCCAAAACAAAUGUGUUCCAUGCUUAAAGGCAAGCAACUACGGAGUUCUUAUUUGGGGCACAAGAGUUCAGAUUGUACUAGAACUGAUAAUGUACAAGAACUUAUAGAUUAUUUUGAUUUUUUUAAACCCAUAAAGUAAUACUUAAAUAUACACCAGCACUGAAGAGAAUACAGUAUGGUUCAAUUCUGUUUGCUAAAAGAUGCAAACUUAAGGUAAUUCAUCUGUCUUGAAAAAAGCAUAAUGAUAGGUUUAAAACAGAAGUUGACUGAGUAUGUUUUUCCAGCGAAGUGAUACAGCCUUGCUGAAUCAGUGACUCAGUCGCACAGAGUUAACACAGAAGCUAUAAAAUAUCAGAACUACUACACUGUCGAGUUUGAGUGCCUGAUACACAUAUUUUGUGGUGUGAAAUUUUCUAGAGUAGAAACUAUCUCUUCAAAGCCAAAUACGUCCUAACAAUUCACUCCGCUCCUCCUGCCUCCUAAUAAGGAAGUUUCGUUGUCAAUUUGAAGAAUAAAGGUUAGGGCAAGGUUUAGCUCUGUAGCAGCAAGCUUAAAUUUUAAACUAUUAAUACACUGUAGAUUUAACUACUCAGAAGGGAGUAGUUCCAUUUCAGAAUUAAAGCAUAGAAUGUCAGCAGUGAGUGAUGAUGUCUCUGAAAUACCUUUCCACUCUUCUAAAGUAAUCUCUACCUCCAGUUUUUCUAAAAUAAAUGAAGGAAAGCUUGAGCGUGCUUUCAGUAAGGAACUCCAUGAUCUGGGGCAGUUCCCCAAGGAGCGGGGGGGGGGGGGGGCUCUAGUUUCUGAUGGAUCUCUGCUAGAGACAGCAAAAGCUGCUACAAUUUCAGCUCUUGUGAUGAGAAGCCUGUGUUUUGUUUCUGCACACCAUUUUGGAAAUUGAGGAUCCUAAUUAUAUUCCUUACCUCUUUUAAGGUGCUUAAAAAUACAGUCCCCUUCGAAAUAAAAUAGGCAAACCAUCAACAUGCCCCCCAAAGGCAAAUAAAACCCAGGCAACAAAAGCAGACAACCCCUCCAAACAAACAAAAGUCCAAAAAGUUAGGCCAAAUGCACAUUCAGACAAAUAGCUAAGUGCAAAGGUAGACAAAGCAUUCCAAUGGGCACACCAAAGGCAUUAUGAGGAAAAGGAGGGUAGAAUACCUUGAUAAUGCCUAUAUUUUCCAGCCAGUCCAAGGAUACCCAUGGGGUUUUUUUUGGGGGGGGGUGUUAAAGCCAUUUUCAAAAAUGACAGGGGCAAGAAGGCCUUGGUGAGUACAAACAAUCUGAGGUUGCCAUAGUGUCCAUGAGCAUCACAUUGGGGGUUCCACUAGCCCUACACUCAUUCUUGUAUUGUUCAAAUUAUUGCAGAAUAUGUCUUAUUAUGUAAACCAAUAUAUCCUAUCUGAAACAGAAUAAACCUCUUAAAGAUACAUUGGACAAGCAGGUGUGAUAGGAUUCCCCCUUCUGCUCUGCCUCCUGCAGUCACCCUGCACCCCCCCAUCUUUUCAAGGGUCCCCCAAAUGGGGCUGGGGUGGGGGGCUGCAGAGGGAAGAAAGAGUAAGUCCCAUUUGUGCAAACAGAAGUCUGUGAGCAGGUGGGGCAUUGCAGCUAGAUGUCGCCCACCACUUUUAAAACAUACUACUAAAACAAGCUGUUCACAUACACAAUAAUGGCGUGGUGUCUUUUUAUUAUUUUAUAUGGCAUGCAAUUAAAAAGGCUGUACAGAAUACCAAUAAAUAAAGCAAAUAUAAGGACUUUCAAGUCCCAUUGAAAGCCACCAGAUUUCCCCGGAUUUCACUGGCAUUUGAAAGGUGGAAUUGCCGUCAGGUGGGGGGGUAGAUUUCCAAAAGGCGGCACUUUGUCCUGGAUCUUAGGCAAGUCAAUUGGAAAAUCGUGGGUUUUUUGCAUUUUCGUGAUGGUUUGGUUUUUACUUUAUGAAAUAUGGCAACCCUAUAUAAGCUAGACACAACCAGUUUUUGGCCCCGUCUGCACUAUAUAUUUAAAGCAGUGUCUUAACACUUUAAACAGUUAUGGCUCCCCCUCUUACCCCAAAAAUCCAGGGAAGUGCAGUUUGUUAAGGAUGCUUAGAGCUGUUAGGAAACCCCUAUUCCCCUCAAGAGCUACAAUUUCCAGAGUUCCCUGGGAAAGACGGGUUGAUGAAGAAGAGUUUGGAUUUGGAUUUGAUAUCCCGCUUUAUCACUACCCGAAGGAGUCUCAAAGCGGCUAACAUUUUCCUUUCCCUUCCUCCCCCACAACAAACACUCUGUGAGGUGAGUGGGGCUGAGAGACUUCAGAGAAGUGUGACCAGCCCAAGGUUACCCAGCAGCUGCAUGUGGAGGAGCGGAGAUGUGAACCCGGUUCACCAGAUUACAAAUCUACCGCUCUUAACCACUACACCACACUGGCUCUGGUGAUUAAACUACUGUGGGAAUUGUAGGUGUUUGAGGAGAAUAGCUCAAUAUAAUUCAUACUAGGGAUUUUUCAUUUGCAUGCCACGCAGAUCUGCAAAAUUUUCAGUUUUUCAAAAAUAGGCAGUUCUUCAAACUGCUAGUAAUGUGGGACACUCAGUGUGACUCUGCAUGGGAGGUAAAAUGUGAUUCCUGAGCUGCUCAUCCCAUUUCCAAAUGCCAUUUCAGGCACUGUUUUGCACCCAGCCUUUAGCAUGCAAGGGGAUUUUAAAAAGCAGCAGUCACAGUGCAGUAUCUCCAGAGCUCAUCUUGCGUCCCGUCCCCCCCCCCCCCCCGCUCUCUGCAGCCUCACAAAGUAAUAUGUUCCCUCAGUGCGCAUUGUGACAGACACAUUUUAAAACUAACUAGGGCACCUCUUCUCCUCAGUAAAAAUGUACAUUCAUUUUUAGUAUUUAACAUUCCACCCAGCAUUAACUUGCCCCCACAGUUGGCAAGUGUGAAGGAAUAAAAAGCACAUGACUGUUUUGUCUGUUUUUAGCAAAAGCUUUCAUUUAAAUUCAUAGUGUUUCUUAUCUGCAGCACACAUGCUGUUUGUCUUAAACAGACAAUACCCAUGAUUCAAAGCUCCCUGUGCCCUGGGAGGGACGGAUCCAUACGCUCGCUCUCAGGGUUCUGUCCCUUCUUAGAGCUGACAAUAGAGAAGCCUCGCUGGGCUUGUGGAUCAGCAGUGCUGGGUUGCAGCUUGUUUACCCCAUGUGGCUGGGGGGGGGGGAGCGGAAUAGCAAAAGCUGCCACUUCCCAUUAUAGUUUGUGUCUGCAUGUCUCUUCCAACACAAACAAUGUUUCACCAGCUUAGACAAACAAACACAAACCUUUCCUGGCUAAUGAAGAGCUAUGUUUUAACCUUGUCACUUUUCCAUAAUCUGGACAGUGCUUGAUAAUAUGAAAAUAAACAUCAGAGAAACGAGUUCUGUAGUUUCACAUGGUUAUGCUAUAAUACCUGUGACAGCUAACUGCUGAGUGUUAUCAGCAUCAGGCUAGUGUAAAAGGGGUGCAUCAUUCAAUAAGGACGUUAUGCACAUUAUGUCUUUCCUGAUUGCUAAUAACCACAGGACUGUAAAAGGUUUGUUAUAUGCAAAUGAUCCCUUGUGGUAGUAGGUUGCUGCUACAAGUAGAAGCAGUGUUGAUCAUUCCUUCUAGCACAUUCAACAUCCAUGUGUGGCUAUAAUAAUAUACAAUAUAUGCCCACUGACAUACAGUAUAUAUGUCAUUGGGUAUUCUUCACAUACCAUCUGUUCUUGUUUCUCUCUUGCAUGAGGAGGUGCCCAAUCACUUGCAUCCCUAAUUUUGUGCUUCUUUAUAGUUUUGAGUUUGCCAGUUGUUUAUUUAUAGCACAGUACUUUGAAAGGGGGAAAGUCCUGUGUAAGUCAAGCACACAGUUGUGAAAAGAAUAUUGGCCGGCCAAGGAUGGAGUAGUAGAUAUUCUACAGAACCACACUAAAAGAUGUGUCCAUUUGCGAAGGUUGCUGGAGCCAUCUUGAUUUGCCAAUAUUGGAAUGUAAGCCCCACUUUGCUUAUUGGAUAUGCACCGCCUUUCCUCAUACAGUUCACAGUAACUUACAGAAAUAAAAGAAUACAGUAAAAGCAGUACUGUGCAAAAAGAGUCAACAUUGAAAGCCAGCAAUAAUGCAAUUUCAGAUCAGUUGUAACUGGUGUAUAAUUUAGUCUGUCUGGUCUCUGUGGUCAGUUUGGAUUUAGAGGAUGGUUUGAUUCUGGAAACAGAACGAAAUGACCUUUAGGUUCUUUCAAAACCAGCAGUGCUCUCAUCAAAAAUUCUUGGAGGACAGAGACAUUUCAGCCCUCAAGCGCCGAUGCUUUGCCCUCAUUGAGCCUCUAAUCCCAGGAUUAUUAUUUCAAGUUUUUUGUUUGUGAGCUACUAGGGUUAUAGCCCAUAAUCACAUUUGUGAGCUGUUCAUUGGUCACAUCUUUGCCCUCUAUUCCUGGUUUACUGUCCUCUAUGAUAUACUGUAUUAGAGAGAAUUUUAAAGGUGCUUAAUAUAAGCCCCGCUUGCCAAGUAACAAUCAGGUGCUCAAUUUUAAGGCUCCCAGUUGUUCCUUUUCAGUCGCAUCUUUACAGGCUGCACAUCUGACAUCAUAUACAACAUUAGGUGCAGGGCAGGUGGGUUUAGUUUGGGGAAACCUGUCCUGAAGGCCAAAUUAGGACCCCUGGCAAGACUCAAUUAGACUUGUGGGCUGCAGGUUCCCCCAAGCUACUGUUCAAGGCUAAUCUGAGAUGCAUGUUGGAUGUGGAGAGUCUCCUGCCACAAGAGGCUGGACUUAAAUGGCAUUCUGACAUGCCUUCUAUCACUACUAAUCCAUGAUUCAAAAUAUAUGAAGAGCAACUAGUUGAAGUUUAGCCUUACAAAAUAGCCUAGCUAGUAACUUCUGCUGAAAGGCUUUCUUUGUUGUAGAGUGUGCAAUUCUGUUUUUAAAGUUACUGAUUUCCCUUGCCUUUUCCAAGGCAAAAUGUUGACGGGCCAGUACCUGUAGAAGUUGCAUCACAUGUCUGCUAUAACAAUAGGGUGGAUGCAUGCUUUAAGGAAACAUAACAUUUUCUUUUAAUGGAUUAGUCGGUCAGGGGACUUAAUGCAGCAUUUAUUUUAAAAGGAUGGGGUUGGGAAGAGUGUUGGCUGAGAUGUCUGUCCUGAGCGCUUGCACCUCUGACCUUAAUGACAUACUUCCUCUUCUGCUCACAUUACCUGGCCAAGAAAGAAACUUGUACAUUCAAUAACAUAUCUCUGUUUAUAUCCACAUUUUGGCCUGAGGCUGUCACAAGCUUGGGACGUUUUCUGCAAGGAGGGAUUCUUUUCCUAUUGAAAGUAGGCUUCCCUGUCUUCAAGACUUCACCCACUCUCCAUUAAGUUACUCCCCACUCAGGUAGAUAUUUUACCUUCCCCCCCCCACAGCAGUGUGUACAAAUAAUGUUUAAUCAAUGCAACCAUAAUGAAAUUAUUCCAUAAACACAGACUUCAAAGCAGCUACAGUCGAACCUUGGUUUUCAAGCGUCUCGGAAGCCGAACGAUUCAGAACCCGAACGCCGAAAACCCAGAAGUAAUUGCUUCCGUUUUCGAACACGCCUCGGAGGUUGAAUGGCUUCCGCUGCAGGUUUUUCCAUUUUUUCAAUGGAUUUUGCCGACUGCCCAUUGAUCCUUGGUUUUCGAACAUUUUGAAAGUCAAACUGUCUUCCAGAACAGAUUAUGUUUGAAAACCGAGGUUCCACUGUAUUUUAUUUCCUGUUCCUGUCCCUUCUAUGCAGAAUUCCAAACCCUCUUCUUGUUCCACUGAUGCCUCACUGUGUUUUAACUUCCCUCCUGAUGGGGAAUGUGUCUUAACUUCCCUCCUGAUGGGGAAUGUGGCUUCAUAGCAUUCUUAGUUUAGCCAAAAUUGCUAAGCCAGUCUUGCGCUUGGUGUGUCACAAUAACUUCUGACUACUGAAAGCUGGAAAAGAUCUGUAAUGGAAUGAUGUUGCCAUUUCUAGAAACGGCACAUAAAAUAGUUGAUUGGGUGGCCAGCGUAUUUUUUCCCCUCUGCCACUUUUUCAAGGUAACCCUUCCUUCACCAGACAGUAUGAAGGGGGACCUAGGUAAAGGUAAAGGGACCCCUGACCAUUAGGUCCAGUCGUGGCCGACUCUGGGGUUGCGACGCUCAUCUCGCUUUAUUGGCCGAGGGAGCCGGCGUACAGCUUCCAGGUCAUGUGGCCAGCAUGACUAAACCACUUCUGGCGAACCAGAGCAGCGCACGAAAAUGCCGCUUACCUUCCCGCCAGAGUGGUACCUAUUUAUCUACUUGCACUUUGAUGUGCUUUCAAACUGCUAGGUUGGCAGGAGCAGGGAUUGAGCAACGGGAGCUCACCCCGCCGCGGGGAUUCAAACUGCCGACCUUCUGAUCGGCAAGUCCUAGGCUCUGUGGUUUAACCCACAGCGCCACCCGCGUCCUGGUAGGGGGACCUACCAGGGAGUAAAAGGAAAUGGAUGACCUUCUCUUCCCUUUCCCCAAUGUUCCCCCUUUUCUCAUAUGUGCCUUUCCAUGCUGGACCCAUCUACAACCUCUCUGGCUCCUUCUUCCCUUUGCAGCUCACCUACCCAAGUGA